GCGGCGGCCAACGCGCGGGAGCGGCACCGCACGCACAGCGUCAACGCGGCCUUCGGCGCCCUCCGCCGGCUCAUCCCCACCCGCCCCGCCGACCGCCGCCUCUCCAAGGUGGAGACGCUGCGCCUGGCGGCCAGCUACAUCUCGCACCUGGCCAACGUGCUGCUGCUGCAGCAGCGCCCGCAGGACGGCGCGGGGGAUGCCGAGCAGCCGUGCCCGCAGCCUUGUCCACAGCCGUGCCCGCAGCCGUGCCCGCAGCCCUGUCCACAGCCG